AUGGAUGUUGCUAGUUCCAUUGUUGUUGUUCGCUAUUUUUCUGAUUUCAUCACCACUCGUGUUAGUAUUGAGACCACAUUUUAUGAGUUUAAAGACGAAGUUUGUAGGCAAUGGAAGCAAUUUACUCCACUUGGUAUUUCUUUCUUAUUCCGAGAAGGUGGGAAAGAUCUUCCGGUUGACUGUGAUUUUUCGCUUCGAACUCUUGCUUCCCUCACAAAAAAUCAGAAGAAGACCAGUUUUGAUAUAUUCUUGCAAAAUGUUACUCAUGUAGCCUCCUCAUCUAGCUCUAGGGAAGUUUCUUCUGUUUCUAAUGGUUCUAGUAUGUCUUUGAGAAACAAUCACGCAGUUGGAAUGUAUCUGGAAGAUAGGAGCAAGCCUACAAAACCGUUGUUGUCGGAUGGUUGGCCUAAGGUCCUCGGUGAGAUUGGUCAUGUGUUUGUGGAAGGGGUUAAGGAGGUCAGGAUUGCUUACACCAAGUACCGUCUUCGCACCGGUUUUAAUAUGGUUGUAACACACAAUGAGCGUUCUAGGUUCACGGCUAAGUGUACAGUAAAAGAAUGCGUCUGGAAAUUUCAUACAACUUCCAUUGAUGAUAGGAACGAAAUGUUUCAGGUCAGAGCUUAUAACCCUGAGCACACUUGUGGUGCUGGUGGGCGCAAUUUGAAUCAAAAAUACCCAACCAGCUUCUCGUCUAGUUUGUUUGAGGAAGAAGUUCGCAAAAAUCCUCACAAGAAGCCAUGGAAAAUUGCAGAUGAUUUUCAGACCAACUGUGGAAUUAACAUGGAGUACUAUCAAGCCUAUAAUGGUAGGGAGAAGGUUUAUGAGACCAUUUAUGGUGACGAUGUUAAGUCAUACUCGUACUUGGUAUGGUAUAUUAAUGCUAUAAGGGAAACUAACCCAGGGUACUGGUUUUGUCGUCCAAUGGUCUAUUUGGAUGCUACUUUCCUUACUGGUAGAUUCAGAGGCUGCUUGAUGGCGGCUACUGGGAUCAAUGGUGAUAAAGGAUUUUCCCCCCUUGCUAUGGGACUAUGCUAUUAUGAGAAUAUUGAAAACUGGGAGUGGUUUUUAAGGAAUCUGCAACAAGUUGUUGGUGACGGGAGGCCAAUCACCUUCCAUUCGGAUCGCCAUGACGGACUCUUGCGUGGUGUUCCUCUCUUCUAUCCAGACUCAUUACAUAGCUUCUGUUACUAUCAUUUGAAGACUAAUCUUCCUAUCAAUGGAUCAGAUCCUAGGUACACUCUUGUGCUUGACCUCUUCCAAGAAGCAAUCCAAAUAGCAGAAUCAUACAAUAGUUGGAUUAAGGUUCACAAGAAGAUGCUUGCAUUUGCUCUUCUUCAUCAGAUUAGGAUGAAAAUUAUGAGAAUAAUGGCAAAGCGUCGUGCUAUUGGUGAUGUUAUGAUGACUCCAUUAACUCCGGAGUAUGAGAAAAGGCUUGAGUCUCUACAAGAUGAAGGUUUGGCAUGGUGGCGUGUGUACGUUUUUCCUUGUGCUCAUGCUCUUGCAGCGAUACGAAAGAUUAAACAUGAAGCCAUUGAUUUCAUUUCACCGUACUUUACAAGCGACUAUUAUAAGAAGACUUAUUUGCACGCCAUCCAGCCAAUUCCCAACUACAAUAUGCCUGUUGAUAUUGACAAAGACAACACCAUCAACCCUCCAUCUGUCAUAAAGAGACAACCAGGUAUACCCCAAGGCAAAAGGAUUUCAAGCAAAGGUGAAAAGAAAGCAAAGAGGAAAGUUCAUUGCAGCAAUUGCAAGGAAGCAGGUCAUAACAGGGCAAUUUGUAAGAACCCUCCGAAGUACACACCACCCUAG